UGAAGUGCCAGAGGUGGAUUGAGACGGUUUGACUCGGCAUCUCUCCCCCGCUCCGACCGCGGCAAUGUCGACUACCUUGGGCCAAACCAAAGGGAAAUCGUAUCCGACCAAACAUCGUCCAACCGUCUACAACUUAUCUUCUCUACCUCCUCUCCUUUUGCUUUUCUGUCUUCUGAAUUGUUCUCUUCACCUUUCCUUCAUUCUCUCAAAAAUUAAAAAAUCCCUCCUCUUGUGGAGAAAGGUCCAUCUGCCGUGAGUUGACAACUCGCAAUUGAGCAAGGACAUCCACCUUUUAAUCUACCGAGCAACGGCUAAUCUGGGUCCUGCAAUGGCCGCUCGACAAGUUAUCACCCGCAACCUUGCGACGUUGGCCACCCGGUCGUCCAUUCCUCGCGUUGCUUCACUCUCCGCCAGAAUGUCUAAGCCAGCAAACACGGCCUACAUUGCCUCGCGGCGGUUGCAUGCCACUGCUCAGCACCUCAAGCCAGCUGCCACCGCCGCCUCCACCGCCGAUUCGUACCCCCUCAACCACGACCAGAUUCAGUCGCCCAAAGAUACCCAGAACUUCCUUGACAACAAGUUCGUCCCCUCACAAGCAACCCAAUGGAUUGAUCUCCACGAUCCAGCAACAAACAACCUCGUCACCCGUGUUCCCCAGAGCACUGAUGCAGAGCUCCUUGCCGCAGUUGACAGCGCCGAGAAAGCAUUCAAGCCAUGGAAGGAGACCAGCUUGUUGCACAGGCAGCAGAUCCUCUUCAAGUAUACUGCUCUGAUCCGCGAGAACUGGGACAGACUCGCCGCUAGCAUCACUCUCGAGCAGGGAAAGACUCUUGCUGAUGCUCGCGGUGACGUCCUUCGUGGUCUUCAGGUCGCCGAGACCGCCUGCGGCAUCACUACUCAGAUGACUGGCGAGGUUCUCGAGGUCGCAAAGGACAUGGAGACUCGCAGUUACAGAGAGCCUUUGGGUGUCGUUGCAGCCAUCUGCCCCUUCAACUUCCCCGCCAUGAUUCCUCUGUGGUCCAUCCCUAUCGCUACGGUCACUGGUAACACCCUGGUCAUCAAGCCUUCGGAGCGCGACCCCGGUGCAUGCAUGAUCCUCGCUGAGCUCGCGGAGAAGGCUGGCUUCCCUGCCGGUGUCGUCAACAUUGUUCACGGUGCUGCUAAGACUGUCGACUUCAUCCUCGACGAGCCCCGCAUCAAGGCAGUGAGCUUCGUUGGAAGCAACAAGGCCGGCGAAUACAUCUUCUCUCGUGCCUCGGCCAAUGGCAAGCGAUGCCAGGCCAACUUGGGAGCUAAGAACCACGCUGCCGUCCUCCCCGACUGCAACAAGAACCACGCGUUGAAUGCCAUUGCUGGAGCUGCUUUCGGUGCCGCCGGUCAGCGAUGCAUGGCUCUCAGUACCCUUGUCAUGGUUGGCGAGACCAAGGAAUGGGUGGCAGAGAUCGCCGACCGCGCGAAGGCUCUGCAAAUGAAUGGCGGUUUCGAGGAGGGUGCCGAUCUCGGACCUGUCAUCACUCCUCAAGCCAAGAAGAGGAUUGAGGACAUCAUUGCUACCGCAGAGAAGGAGGGCGCAACUAUCCUUCUGGACGGACGUGGCCAGAAGCCCGCGAAGUACCCCAACGGCAACUGGGUCGGUCCCACCAUAAUUGCCAAUGUCAAGCCCCACAUGACCUGCUACAAGGAGGAGAUCUUCGGUCCCGUUCUUGUUUGCUUGAACGUUGAGACCAUCGACGAGGCCAUUGAGCUCAUCAAUGCCAACGAGUAUGGAAACGGUACCGCCAUCUUCACCCGCUCUGGUGCUACUGCUGGUAAAUUCCAGCGUGAGAUCGAGGCCGGCCAGGUCGGCAUCAAUGUUCCCAUCCCCGUCCCUCUUCCCAUGUUCUCCUUCACCGGCAACAAGAAGUCGAUCGCCGGAGGUGGUGCCAGCACAUUCUACGGCAAGCCUGGACUUCAAUUCUACACCCAGCAAAAGACUGUGACCAGCUUGUGGAGGAGCGAGGAUGCCGUAGCCACCAAGGCCAGCGUCAACAUGCCCACACAUAGCUAAACUGCUUUUGAUAUCAUGAAGUGCGACGAAGUAGCCGGGGAGGAUGAUUAUACGAUCAAUGUUUAGACGAGAUUGAAAAGGUCGGCUUGAUAUGUCGUUGAUAUUCACUCAGAAUGCCCUCGAAGGUAUAUGCAUACAACCACUGCUCGUUAAUCUGCUUGGUAUAUGGCCAUGUAGUUGCGGAACGAUUUAGGACAGACAUAAGAAUGAAUUCAAAAGCGGAUGCAUACGCAUCGGACAUUUUACAUACACUUACAUGAGGA